AUGGCUUUCAUCGUGCUCCUUGCAGCUGCAGCAGCGAUAGCCUUUCUCCUCCACUUCGUCACCAAAAACCACAGGUCUUGCUCAACCUACAAUCUCCCUCCCGGCAACCUCGGCAUCCCGGUCAUCGGCCAGACCUUCUCCCUCCUCCACGCUCUACGCACCAACACAGACGACCAGUGGUUCCGGACGCGGAUAAAGAGAUAUGGUCCGGUGUCCAAGAUGUCCGUGCUGGGCUCGCCGACAGUGCUGCUCGCUGGGACGGGGGCCAACCAUUUCAUAUUCACCAACGAGGGCCUCAUCCUCACGCAGACGCGUGCGCUUCGCUCCCUCCUCCGGCGCUCCAUUCUGACGCUCACCGGCGACGAGCUGAAGCAGGUGCGUAGUGCACUGCAGGGGUACCUGAGGCCUGAGAUGGUCAGAAGGUACGUGGGGAAGAUGGACGGCGAGGUCAGAAGGCAGCUGAAGCUCAACUGGGUUGGUCGCAACACUGUCAACGUCCUGCCGCUGGCAAGGAGUCUUACGCUUGGGGUCAUCUGCUCUGUUAUCUUUGGCGAAGAAGCAUCCGCCAUAGUAGAUGCCCUUGCUACCGACUUCCAGUUGCUAGGUGAUGCAAUCUUGUCAUUUCCAGUGAACAUACCCUUCACCAGAUUCGGCAAGGGCAUGAGGUCCAGUGCUAAUAUUAGGGAAACCAUCGUAAUGUUUGCCAAGAAGAGGGAGGAGUCAUUGUUGGACGAACGAUGCACUAUUUCAACCACUGACUUUGUCACCUACAUGCUCGUUCUGCGCUCCAAGGGUGCGCAUUCCCUCACCCUAGAAGACAUUGUUGACAACGUGAUGGGCAUUAUCAUCGGCGCACACGGUACCACCUCAGCUCUAAUCACCUUCAUGAUGCGCCACCUCGCAAAUGAGCCAGACGUCCUUGCUAAAAUCACUGAAGAGCAAGAUGAGAUCGCAAACAAAAAAGGAAAAGAUGGUGCUCUAACUUGGGAAGAUGUUUCAAGCAUGAAGUACACAUGGAGGGUGGCAUUCGAGACACUGCGGACAGUGCCUCCAGUAUUUGGGAGCUUCCGAACGGCUACCAAGGACAUCGCAUAUCAGGGCUAUCACAUCCCCAAAGGCUGGAAAGUCUUCGCAGCCCAAAGCAUUACACAUAUGGAUUCCAGGUUCUUCACUGAACCCACCAAGUUUGACCCAUCUCGCUUUGAGAAGCGCUCAUCAAUCCCACCAUACAGCUUCUUGCCGUUUGGGGGAGGGCCAAGAAUGUGCCCUGGAACUGAGUUUUCUAGGGUAGAAACAAUGGUGGCCAUGCACUAUCUAGUGACACAGUUCAGGUGGAAGUUGUGCUUCAAAGAUGAAGCCUACAAGAAGGAUCCGAAGCCUACGCCUGUUUUUGGAUGUCCAGUGGAAUUGGAGUUAAGAGAACCCCCUACAAUGACUCAUGAUGCUUGA